GAACGCAGCGAGGAGCACUACGUGUGUUUCACCCUCACCGCACGACGCACCCGGGACGCCGUCGCGUUGUUGUUAUCGUCACCACAAGUUCGGUCACUGAGAAAGAUAUUGUGUUUACUUCCCGAAAACGCGUAACACGGUCGCGCGCAAGUGACGGAAAACGGUGAUCGAUCGUUGAAGAUAAAUCGUAAUUGUAUUCCAAACAUCAUUUAAAAGUGUAAUUCGUACGUGAUAAAUAAUGUAUCUUUAAGCGGGUUCAUAAUGUUGUACGUGAAACGUGAGAUUACUCGUUAAUCGAGACAGAAUGGGACUUGUGUUAACAUGGAAACAUGAAUAUCACGAGAUAUGGAUUUUACGAAAGUUUAGAACAGGCAGCAUAUAAGUAAGACCAGUGAUUCUAGAAUGAAGUGUACUGUGGCCUGUAUGCUUUCUAUAUCAAAUACACUGUUUUGCACUGUUCAAUUAUAGUUCUCAAAAGUAUCUCGAUAGUUUAAAGAUAAAGAAUCAAAAAUUCAACGACGUCGAAAAUGUAUCAAGCAUUCCCCUUGCCUGACGACGCGACCUGAAUCAAAUCGUCGUGGACAAAGUUUCUUGGUGCUACUUCCGAAGUCAACAUUACGUCAAUCGCGAUAAUGAGUUAUCUAGAGGGUGUGCCAUCCCACCCGUCUCAUCCGCCUAUCGUCAUGCCUACCGGCAUCAAGCUGUCACCCGGAGGUGGCGGGACGACCGGCGGAUUAACAGAUCCCGGUGCGGGCAUUCAGCCAUCUCUAGGGACCGAAACACCGUCCCAGCAACACCACCACUAUCAUCCUCAAAGCUAUCCACCGCAUCAUCCUCACACGGUACCUCACAUGGCUCCUCACAUGGCUCACAUAAAUCACCAUCCUAGUUAUCCGCGAGUACCCGAGUUUGCGCUCAUUCGACGGGAUCAUGAGAUAGUAACGGCGAGUCCUACCACCCCCGAAAACGGUGGAUUAGGCCUAUUCUCGUCGUUGCAUCACGAUGGUACGGCCGCGACGAUGCAGCAAUUUUCUCAUCAUUCCGGCCAGCAUCCACUAACCGCUACUCACUAUCCUGGGCACUAUCCUCAGGACACCAGAUCGCUAUCGUCUCAUCCCCAGUAUAUCAGCCCACCGCACAUGACACCGGCUGCCAUCCACCACCCGCAACACUCGGCUAUGAACCAUGCGAGUAACAGCGCCUUCUUCAGAUACGUUACACAGAGGUCUAACAGCGCCAGUGGCAACCACGCGGGCACCAUCAUCAGCGGCGGCUUGCACCGUGAGACUACCUGCAUGUGGAUAGACCAGGACCCGUCGUUACCAGAAAAUGGAAGAAAACUUUGUGGCAAGAUGUUUAAUACCCUUCACGACAUCGUGUCGCAUCUGACAGUGGACCACGUGGGCGGACCCGAGUGCACAACGCACGCGUGCUUCUGGCAGGGUUGUGCGCGUAACGGUAAGGCCUUCAAGGCCAAGUACAAACUCGUGAAUCAUAUACGAGUGCAUACCGGAGAAAAACCGUUCCAAUGUCCCUUUCAAAAUUGCGGCAAAGUCUUCGCCAGGUCGGAGAAUCUCAAGAUACAUAAGAGAACGCACACUGGCGAGAAACCUUUUAGGUGCGAGUACAGUGGCUGCGACAGGAGGUUCGCGAAUAGUAGCGAUCGAAAGAAGCACAGCCACGUUCAUACUUCGGACAAGCCUUACAAUUGUCGAAUCACGGGAUGUGACAAGUCUUAUACCCAUCCUAGUUCGCUACGCAAACACAUGAAGGUACAUGGAUUGACAUUAACCGAGGGAAAAGUAGGAGGCGGAUACGAGAGCGAGGGAGAAGAGAGCAGCAGCAGCGGGGGUAGCCUGUCGGUGACUGGUAACACGGAAUCGCCCCAGCCACCUCCGGCUACAAGGACAACAACCAAUCUUCCACCCACGAGUCGAACUCACGAUCCCUCGAUUCGCGGAGCGACGGAGGUGGCGGAGUGGUACGUUUGUCAGGCACCGACAGUCGGCCCUCAACCAGGGCCACUACCUGGUCCACCGCCGCCGCAUCAUCUUGGUCAUCAUUUCAAUCAGUUGAUACACCAUCAAGCAGCCCAUCAAGCAGCCGCUUAUUAGGAAAUAUCGAUAGGUCGAAGUUGUGACCAAGAGAGUCUUUCUAAAAUCUCCGUUCCUAUCCGCUCGCACCUCCGUCUGAUGAUGCGAAACAAGAUUCCUUGCUGAGGACGAGUUACGUCAAAGAAGAUGACAAUCAUGUGUCGAUUUAGCAAAAAUAAUGCUUUGAAGAAAUAUUCUAGAAUAUACCUAUGACGAAAUUUCGUACUCAUCAUAUAUGAGAUAUGGUGUAAUAAAGUGAAACAGCUCUGAGAAUUAAUCAAUAAAGAGAGAAAAGAAACAGUAGCCUAGUAGAGCCAACACGGACAUUAGUGCAUAAUGAUUGACUAAUAUCGCAUUGGUUUUACUAUAAGUUAUUGUUUUUUCCUUCCUUUAUUGGUAUAUGAUGUGUUAAUCAGGCUCCAUUGGCGCAUUAUAUAAAGAAGCUCAUGAAUAUUUAGAAUGCAUCAAGGAAAACGUGCUGUACACACCACUGCAACUGAUUUUUCGAGGUAACUCUUAUAUAAAUGUGAAAAAAAGUGUGAAUGGACAAACAUUUUUUAGUAAUAUGAGCCAAAUUAUAUAUCUAUUUUGGUCUCAAUUGAAAUAUUUAUCAAUUAAUGAUUAUCAAACAAAAGAACAUACAAUUUACAUCAACAUAAUUCUUUUGCGAAAAGUGCAUUUUAUAAUUAGUAUUUCUGUUCUAGACAGUAUCAUAAAAUAACUCUAUUUUCAAAUAAAAUUAUAUAAUCUUUUCAUAUUAAUCAC